AUGGACAAGAACUUGUUGGAAGACCAGCGAUAUGUGCAAAGCAAAACCCCCAAACGAAGCUGGUGGAUGAUACUCUGCGCGGCCUUAGCUACUGGCUGGUUUGCUUGGCCGUAUCUGUGUUGUUCACCUCCACUUAGCAUCGAGGACAGAGUGGAGCGCAUCCUAUCACAAACUCCCUUGAUCGACGGUCAUGAUGACUUCCCCAUUUUCGUUCGGGAGGUCUUCCACAAUCGCAUCAAUGAUCGCAAUUUUACUGAUGCCUUUGUCAAGGGCACGCUGCCAGGCCAUGUGGAUAUUCCUCGGCUGCAGAAGGGUCGCGUCGGUGGUACCUUUUGGAGUGUCUACGUGCCAUGUCCUGCUGAUGGAGCCGACUUCUCUGACGAGAAUUAUGCAGCAAGUGUGCGUGAGACGAUCGAGCAGGUGGAUGUGAUGUCGCGUGUUCAACAAGCCCAUCCCGAGAUCUUCUCGGCGCCUCCCAAUGGCACCACUGCCUUGUCAGCUUUCCGCGAAGGAAAGAUAAUUUCACCCCUGGGCAUGGAGGGCCUGCACUCCAUCGGAAAUUCCCUUGCCCAUCUUCGAAUCUUCUAUGAACUGGGCGUCUCGUACGCUACGCUGACACACAAUUGCCACAACCGGUACGCCGAUGCCGCUCUUCUUGAAGUCCCGGGAGGUAUAAAAAAGGCCGACCCUCUCUGGCACGGCGUCAGUGAGGACGGCAAGAGGCUGAUUUCGGAGAUGAACCGCCUUGGAAUGAUUGUUGAUCUAGCGCAUGUGAGCGCGGAGACUAUGCGGGAUGUCUUGGGCGCUGGAAAGUCCGAUUGGACUGGUAGUCGUGCUCCAGUGAUAUACAGCCACAGCUCCGCCUAUGCACUUUGCCCACAUCCGCGCAACGUGCCCGAUGACAUUCUGGAGCUGGUGCGUCAAAAGAACUCUCUAGUCAUGGUCAACUUCGCAACGGACUUCAUAUCCUGCACGGCCUCUGAUCGCGAUGACGGGAUACCCGACGAGGACCCUGAACAUGCGACUUUAGAACGCGUCGCCGACCAUAUCAUUCACAUUGGGAAGCUCGUCGGCUUUGCACAUGUUGGCAUAGGCAGUGACUUCGAUGGUAUUCCGACAGUCCCGCGUGGGCUCGAAGAUGUUUCCAGAUUUCCAAGUCUGAUCGCAGAGUUGCUGAAACGGGGAGUGAGUGACGCGGAUGCAAGCAAGGUGGCAGGCGGUAACUUGCUGAGAGUCUGGGCGGACGUUGAUCAAGUAGCACUUCAAAUGCAGGCCGAUGGAGUUCCACCCGCCGAGGACUCCUGGUAG